AUGAGUGAUGAAUACAGCAUUCAGUCCAAGUCCGACAUAGGAAGGAAACAGGUAGCAAAGACCUGUUUGAGUGCCAAACAAGCCAACUGCACUGGAGUUGAGGACUUUAAGGCCUGCCGGGGUAAUACAGACAACUUCUGCCCUACCAAUAUUUCUUGUCAAUGUAAAAAUGAAAAAGCUUUUUGCAGAUGUGAUUACUUCAGAGUGGACUGGAAGGAGUAUUGGUACAUGGGUCCCAAAUGUAACCACCUUUGGAACACACUAGAUUUGAUUUUAGUAACUAUUCUUCCUGCAGUAGCGCUGGUUAUCAUCGUUGUUGUAAUAUUUUACUGUGUCUACUACUGUAAACAUGAAAAAGCUGGGAACCAGACAAAUUCUCCAUACCGUGAAGCACAGCAUAACCCUGCAUUUACUGCGGAAAUGGCUGGUAACGUGGGGCAGGUUUAUCAGCAGUCGCCAAGGGACGUCUGGGUUGGACAAAUUCCAAAAGCUAUACUGAGAAAACAAGAUUUUGAUGAUGUCCCAACCCCAAGUCAAUUCGAGAGUUACAGUCCCAUGCAUCCUCAGCCAUUAAGGAGACCAGAUCCAGCAACAGACCGUUUUUCGAACCGGCAACCUCAACAUGAGACGUUUGGCUAUCCAAGCAAUAAUUUGCCUUAUGCAGGUUAUGCAGAGGGGAGACAGUAUCGGAAAUACUAAGUACCAGUGCUUCCUAUAUUGGAAAUGUCUUGGAGUGCUGCGUGAUCAAUGGACGAUCAAAUGCUGAGAGAUCAGUAAGACCUUGUGGGCUGGGACAUAGAGGAAAUAGCCAUAACUAUUAGAAAGCACUAGAAGUUAUUGCAAAGAAAAAUUCUAGAAGACAAUUAUAAACAACACAUGAGAUUAGCAUCUGAUUUGUUUACUGUGUAAUUGAUGACAACUUAACUUUUUGUGAAUACCUGAUUUUACAGUUUACGUAGCUGCUUCUAAGUAUUGCUUAAAUUGUUGCACAUCUAUUGGGACAUAGGGUUCUUCUGUGGUUAACCGUAUGUCCUGUGCCUAAGUGACAAGAAGUACCUAUCUCAAAAAGCUGCCCUUCCUCAGAAGAAACUCAUGAGAAAGGAAGAAGUCUUCUCAAAUUUCAAUAUGAGAAAUGACAAAUACGCAUGCUAAUCAUUAUUCUUCCUUGAUUGCUUCCCAGGAUGGUUUAAAUCCAUAUCAAAGGGAAAGGGGGGUAAGGGGUUUGCAUUUUUUCAUAUUUCUCAGGAAGGCUUGUCAAAGACAGCUUUUGCUAGGUACAGUUUUUGUUUCUCAGUGUCCAUCUGGCUCACUCAUUUAAUUGUGAAGUUUGCUCCGCUCUGUGUCAUGAUCUCCCUCCACAUGCUGGUGAGCUAUGGUUCCGAAUCUAAUGCUGUUAGCAGGACCAUGAAUUUCUCUUAACUGUAAUUAGGAAGAUUCUUCAGGGCAUUGUAGCAUGUAGAGCCUGUUGUGCCCUGACUGACGUUGCUUUGUUUUUCCCCUUAGAGCCAAUAUUUAAAGAAAGAAAACAACAAAUUACAUAGAAUUUAAACUGUGUAGUAAGAAUCUGUAUUCUUGUUACACCAAUUACCUGCAGAAUUAGGUAGAACGGAAGGCUCUGUUCUCAGGUAUCACCAGUUAGUGUCACUGACACUGGCAGCGUUGUACAACCAUAAGCAAGGCACUCGCCUUCCCACUAUCCCAAGAUGCAUCAAAUACUGAAGUAUUGACUCACGUAGCAACCUCAGCUUACCAGCCCAUUCCGUUGUCCCUUGUUUCUUUUUCACUUUGUCUUCCUUUGUCAUCUUGUUGAUCCGAACAGUUGAAAUGGUUUGCCUUUAAAAAUGCAGUGACUUUCUUUGUAACUUGUUUUGUGAAAAACAAGAGAUGAAAAUAAAUGAAGCUGUGGAAAAUUGA